AAAGAAGUUUAGGGUAUCAAUCAUGCAAUUUAUGUGGAAUCUAUGGUGGGACUGAGGGGAGAGUAAGUUGUUUUUUCUUUGUUUCAGAUUAACGAAUUAGCUGAUCUGAUGCCAUGGAGCCAAGUACAAUCAAACAAGAAUGAAUUCAUGGUAAAAUCCUUUGGUCCUACCUUUAAACGGAUCCUCCAGGCCUCGCAGAAGAAGCAGCCAAGUAAAAACAGAGCAGAGUCACAGCUUAGACACUGUCCUAAGAAGCUUACUGCGUCCUCUCUGUCCCUCACUGAUCAACCCGCCUCACUGGAACAACUCAGCUCACACCUACAGGCGCAGGUACCUGCUGUGGAGAGGGAAACAUUGUCUUCUGUGGUGCAUCGGUGAUCCUCUGCAGCCAUGUGUGAUCAGACUUUCAUGGCGGCCACUUUUGGCCCGUGUGACAGCUGCAGCAAGGCGAGUCCUCUGAUGAACAUCUACAUUAAGAGCGAGGCCAUCAACUACUGCUCCUUCUGCGUGGAAAUGAUGGCUUGUCAGGGGCUCCAGAAAGGGGAGACCCUGGCAUCGCUGAAGAAGGAGAGCGAGAAUCUGAAGAAGAAGCUGGAGGAGGAGCGGGGCAAGCUGAACGACAUAGAGUUGCAUCAGGUCGCUGAGAAGGUUGAGGCGGUGGCUGCUCUCUCCUUGAAGACCAGGCGUGUUCUGAAAGGUCAUGGGAAUAAGGUGCUGUGCAUGGACUGGUGCAAGGACAAACGGCGCUUGGUCAGCUCCUCACAGGAUGGAAAAGUGAUUGUCUGGGAUGCAUUCACUCUUAAUAAGGAGCAUGGGGUGACCCUACCAUGUACGUGGGUUAUGGCAUGUGCAUAUGCUCCCUCUGGUUGUGCUGUGGCAUGCGGCGGCUUGGAUAACAAAUGCUCGGUGGUCCCGUUGUCACUAGACAGAAAUGAGAAUCUGGCUGCAAAGAAGAAGUCGGUCGCCAUGCAUACCAACUAUGUAUCAGGAUGCUCCUUCACCAACUCAGACAUGCAGCUGCUGACCUCCAGUGGGGAUGGCACAUGUGCACUGUGGGACGUGGAGAGUGGGCAGCUGCUGCAGAGUUUCCACGGUCACACGGCAGACAUCUUGUCCCUGGACCUCGCUCCGUCUGAGACCGGAAACACCUUUGUGUCUGGGGGCUGUGAUAUGAAGGCCAAUGUGUGGGAUAUGCGCUCAGGACAGAACAUUCAGUCUUUUGAAAGCCACGAGUCUGACAUCAACUGUGUGAAGUAUUACCCCAGUGGAGAUGCAUUUGCAUCUGCGUCAGAUGACGCCACGUGCCGUUUCUAUGACCUGCGAGCUGACCGUGAAGUCGCCGUCUAUCAGAAGGACAGCAUCAUAUUUGGCGCCUCCUCUGUGGAUUUCUCUCUGAGUGGCCGUCUGCUCUUCACUGGGUACAAUGACUACACUAUUAACGUUUGGGACGUUUUGAAGGGAACUCGUGUUUCCAUCCUGUUUGGCCAUGAGAACCGCAUCAGCAGGGUCCGUGUAUCACCUGAUGGCACGGCGCUCUGCUCGGCCUCCUGGGACAACAGUCUACGGAUUUGGGCCUAAAGUUGUUCGAUGGUUCAGUUCGCGUAAACGCCUGCCUGAAAUCAACACUCCUGCUUGAAUGCGAUAAUGCAAAACUUCAGCUCCCCCCAGAAGUUCAACAACAUCUAAAUGUGAAGAUGUAUCAGUUCCUUGUUAACACACAAAGGGAAACAGCUUAAACCUCAUCAUUGUUAGUUUCAUGGCUUAAUGGCUAAAAACACAGUGCCUUGAAAAUGUAUUCAUACCCCUGGAACUUUUUCAAAUUUUGUCAAGUUACAACAAUGUGAAUAUGAGUGCAUAACUGUAAAGUGGAAGGAAAAGAUGGUUUCUCACCUUUAUUUGAUCCAACUUCCCAUCAACUACAACCAGUUUUCCUAACCCUGAAAAAGGAAAGCAUAACCACAGCAUGAUACUGCCACCAUCAUGUUUCACUGUGGGGACAGUGCAGAGUCAACAUUUGCAUGAGGGCUGAAAAGUUCACUUUUAGUCUCAUAUCAACAGACAUACAUACCGUAGUUUCUGGCAAACACUCUCUCAUACAGUGGCGAUUACUCUAAGACUGCAAGGGAAGCUCAGCUUCCUUGAUCAAAUAUAUACUGUUGUGUGUACAUGUCAUUCACUAAAUAUGCGCUACAACGCGCUCAACGUUUGUUCAGAAUCAGCUUCUUAUCACUGGUAACGAAGUGACUAUCCUCUCACUCAUUCCCGCAGCUUCACAGUGCUUUAAACAAUGAGUUCCAUAGCGCAGCAAAAAUGCCGGGGUUUGUCCCGCCCAUCGGGCGCUCAGCGUCUCUGGGGGUCUAUGGGGCAGCCUCGGCUGCAGCGAAACGAGACGAGUCAUUGGAUAAAUGCUGGGGUUUUUCCCGCCCAUCGGACGCUCAGCAUCUCUGGGGGUCUAUGUGGCAGUGGGCUGGCCUCAGCUGGCCCGGAUGCUCAUCUUCUGCAUGAUGAUUGGAUGAUCUGUCUGAGGCUGAAUCCCUUUUUGAUUGACAGCAAAAUGAGCGAAUCAGCGAUCUUGAAAAUGAGCUUCCCCUCCUUAAAAGACCAGCAACCGCCAAUGCUCUUAUAGCUUGUAAAUUUCUUCUUGACACUCUUCUUUAAAGGACAGUUUUGUAAAGUACUUGACUAACUGCUGUCCUGCCAACAGAUUCUCCCACUAAAUCAAACAGAGAUGGAGUUUCUACUAUUUAGGUGACUUCUGAAAUGCAAUGGAUUUUAUAUAUGGGUAUCAUAUAACUGGGCUGAAUACAUGUGCACGCCACACUUUUCAGACUUGAACUUGUGAAAAAUCUUUGACUUCUUUGACUUUAUAGUGAUGCACUACUUUGUGCAAGUAUAUCACAUAAGAUUUCAGUAAAACACAUUCAAGCUUGUAAUUAUGUGACAUGUGAAAAAGUUGAACCAUGAACACUUUUACAAGGCACUGCGUACUGUAUCCUAUAUCAUUCCUUUUGAAGUGUUUUAUUACUUGUAGAGACAGUAGUAAUUAACUAAUGUGUUGGCUCACUGAUAAUGAUGUUGUACUCCUUAGAAAUCAGACUAAAUAAUUAAAACAAAUCAUGUUAAUAGCAUAUUUAUGCAAUAACUGCUGCCACGGAUAAAAGCAGUACUAACAAAUAUAUUUGUUGUUUUUGUCAUUUUAAUCUUAUUUAUUUGACUUAUGAGUAUACCUGAGCUAUAGUCAGGUUCACUGCUCUUCUUUUAUUGGGUUGGGAAGCGAUACUCUAACUGUUGCAUCUUAUGGCAUAAAGGAAGAUAUAUUCAGUUUAACUACAGAUAUUACCGUGUUUUUAUUUGAUUAACUGUUUUGAUCAACACUGAUAUUCCUGUGAUAAAAUAAACACAGUUGUGGAGCUCAUUCUGCCAUGCCUAUUGGGAAUUUAGGUUAUUCUGGGAGGCUGGCAGGCUGUCUGUGAGGCACAAUCUAUUAACAGCAGAGGAUGUACACUCCAUAUAUCAUAUUAUAUUGUUUUCACUCGGGCACAUCUGGUCACCCCGACAUGUUUUGGCACUUCUGUCUGCAAAAGGCCGACUAGGUUUAUGAGUGGGGUUUGUGUGGCAUUAGUGGCCUUUAUGCAUUAGUAGAUGGGCAGGAAGAAGGGAAGAAAGAAAUGGGGAAGAAACGCAGAAAAUGGCCUGGGACUGGGAAUUGUACCUGGGACAGCUGCGUGAAGGACUGUAUCCUAUAUUUAUGGUACCACUGAGCCAAAGAAAAAUUAAUAAUAAAUGGCUUGCAAAAGGCAGCCGAGAACACAA